AUGUCAUCCACAAUGCCACCUCCACCACGAAGACGAUCGGCUCGUCUCUCGAUCAAAUCCGAACCUACCGAGAAUGAAUAUCAAGAAGAGGAGGAAGAAGACGUGAAGCCUCUUCCAGCAAAGAAAGGUAAGAUCCGACCUCGCAAAUCAGCCGUAUCGAAUCCAACCAAGAAGAAAGCAAUCAAGAUCGAACAAGACGCUACCGAUGCUGCUACAUCAAAUCAAGUGGAUGCCAAACCCUGUCAAGAAGAUCUUGCAACUCCUGCGCCCAAAAAAGCAGGUAGGAAGAGAAAAGCUUCCGUGUCGAGCACCACUGUCAAAAUUGAGCCUACCAUUCUGGAAGCGGGUCCUAGUCAACCUGUCGUCGAAGCUGGACCCAGCCAAGUCAAAGUGAGAGCGGAGAAAACCAAGUCACCUGCCAAAGCUAAAGAGAAAAAAGCGAAGGUGGAGAAAGUCGUUGAUCCUAAGAAGGCUAGGAUGGCAAGAUUGAGAGAAAAAUGUCCCAAGAAUAUUAUCGAUCGAUAUAAAAGAGCUAUCUCGCAAAGAAUGUUUAUGAUCGAACGCGAAAGAGUGGGCGAGGGUAAUUUUCAAUACGAGCAAUUCAAAGUGCUCGGAUCCACUGGUAACGUCUAUACAGUCAACAUUGGUACUAUCCCUCGAUGUGACUGCCCGGACAAUCUCAAGGGCAAUAAGCCCUGUAAACAUAUUAUUUUUAUUUUUAUCAAAGUGUUGAAAGUACCGGAUGAUUCGUCCGUUUGGUUCCAAAUGUCAUUAACGCCUGAAGAAGUAGAACAUGUGUUCAAUACGUCACCUCCGACACCUAAUGGAUCAGUCACGGUCAAUGUAAAAGUGCAUAAAGCGUAUAUUCAUGCGACAGGAAGAGGAGGCGAGGAUGAAGAAGUGGUUACGGGGAUUGACAAGGAGAUCAAAGAUGGUUCGGACGGAAAGAAGAUGGACGCUGUUGGCGAAGACUGUCCAGUAUGUUACGAAGAGAUGACGCAGGAGGAUGUCGAUGGGAAGAAAUUGGUAUAUGACGAGACUCUGACUGGUUGUGGCAAACCGCUUCAUACCGAAUGUUUCCAGAUAUGGGCGAUGACGGCUAGAUCUAAAGGCAACGACGUUACCUGUGUAUGGUGUCGAUCUCCCUGGCCAACAGAACAUGGUGGAGCAGGUAAAGGUAAAGGCAAAGCUAGUGGUCCGCAAUAUUCUUCAAUGGGAUAUCUCAACAUGGCUGCGGAAGCUGGUAUGUCCCGUGAGAGAGAUGUCAGUACAUAUCAUCGGGGUCACCGAUAUAGAAACUCUGAUUGA